GUAACUUCGUUACAAACAAAACUAGUGUUCAAAUUGUCUUUUAAGUUAGUAUAUAUUUUUUUAAUUUACAAUGUUGGAACUUGAACUGAUACCCGAAAAGUCUCUAGCAUCAGACCAAUGGGAAUUCACCUUAGGUAUGCACUUCUCCCAAGCAGUGAUGAUUAUUCAAUCACAAGUUGGUGUCAUUCGAGGUGUCCAAGUAAUUUACUCCGACUCAAAUCCUCUGAGCAAAGAUUUGGAAAUAAACCUAAGUCAGGAUGGAAUCAGACUUAGGUUUGAUCCUAUCUCGCAAAGGCUGAAGGUAAUAGAAAUCUACAACUUAAAACUCGUCAAGUUGAAAUAUAGUGGGAUGGUUUUCAAUUCUGAAGAAGUUUAUCCUACGAUGGAACAAAUAGAGCAUUCCUUCGGAGCCACUCUCCCGGGCUUAUACAAUCCCAAUUCGGAGAUGUAUGUUGUAUAUUUCCGAGGAGUGUCUUUUUACUUUCCUGCUUCGAAAUAUCAGAACCCUACUGGACCCAGACCACUUGGAUCGCCCGUUGCCGUUCUGGUCUCGAUACACCCUGGUAGUUGCGAGUCGAACGUAGAAACGCCACCCCUUCCUCUCAACUUCUGCCUUGGGGAAGUAUACCUCAGCGGUCUUCUCCUUCUGGAAGACCUGGGACUCCGGCUACACCUCUACACAGGUGGUACUAGUCGCCCUCUUGAGGGUAGAAAAGAGACAAUUACUUGUCAGAUUCACCUCGGGGACACCCCGCAAGAAAUCGUCAGUCGAUUAGGCUCGCCAGGACGUGUAUUCUACAAAUCAGAAGAUAAAAUGAAAAUCCACUCAGUUAGACGACUGGCUGAGGCUGUUGGUAGAACAGAUUAUUUUUUUAAUUACUUCUCUAUGGGCAUUGACAUUUUAUUUGAUGGAAGAACCCAUAAAGCAAAGAAAUUCAUUCUACAGACUAAUUACCCUGGCCAUUACAACUUUAACAUGUACCAUAGGUGUGAAUUUCUGAUUAAUUUACCUGUCGAAAGAGGAACAGAACACUUAGAAAGCCCUAAUAUUCAGGUUACUGCUUAUACAAAAUGGGAAACGAUUAGUGAACACCUGAAUGCCAGCCCAAAGCCUGUCGUUCUCAACAGAGCUUCGUCUAUCAACACGAAAAACUUCUUUGGACCAACGUUGUGCUACGGAUACAGAGACUUUAUAUUUGAGGUAAUGCCAAAUCAACAUAUAGCUUCAGUAACCAUUUACAGGAGCGAGUCUGUUUUCUAGUGAUUGAUCUCGAAGACCAGUCGGAAAAAACCUUAAUUUUUAUGUAUGUAUUUUAAUUUUUAGUGUAAUUUUGUAAUUAAUUUUUGAACAAGUGCUCAGCAAAACACUCAUUUUUAUCUAAAACAAAACUUUUGUGUGGUGUAUAAACAACUAUAUAUUUUACAUGGGACUCUAGUAUAUAUUUUCCAAUGAAUCCGCAUUGUUUGCGGGUUCUCUUUUGUACAGCAAUUUCAUGUUGAAAUAUCAGAACGAUUAUGAAUUAAGUUAUAUUCUGUAAAACCUUAUUUUAUAGGUAGGAAUAAGUUGCAAGUGAGAAAGAAGGUUAAUUUUAAUAAAUAGAUUUAUUGGAUUAUUAUGUAAAUAAGGUGUUAGAAUGUUAUCCUGUUUAGGUAGAGAUAUAUCUGAUUGGAGCUUAUUUAUUAAAUCGAGAUAUAAAUAAAUAUCUUACUAUUUUUCCAUUUGUUUAUUAAAUUGUCUGUAAGGAGUGAUUUUGCGCUUAUAAAUGAAUUAUAUAAGAUAAAAAUUCAAAUUUGUAAAGCUCAUGUAGUUUCACAUAAGUUAUUUUUACUGUUGUUAUUACGAAAACCCUGUUUUUAAAUUGUAUGUUGUAUAAAUAGUUUACAUACGCUGUUCAGUCGUUUAGCCCUUAACUGCCGUUUGUGAUUUCAGUAUUAAAUCGCUUGAAAUUUGAAAGUUUUUACACAUUUUGUAUGAAUAUCUGAGAAGCAUUAAUGUUGAUAUUGUGGUAUAAGAUUUAGUGAUUGUUAUUAAACCAAUUUAGUUAUUUUAUUUUUUUUUAAGUUUAAAUUCAAUCUGUUUCCUGAAUCAUUAAAAAAAAAUAAAAUAAAUAAUCAAAUAAAUUUUUAUACACACAAAUAGUGGCCUUAUCUCAAUAGAAGCAUCAAGUUAGCUGCAAACAUAAUAUUGGUGACAUUGUUUGGUUUUUAAAUACAGAUUUUCCUGAAGAAAGCUAGUUUUCUGAUAUUUUUAUAAUUUACUAUAAGUCUUUUUAUCUAAAAUAUUAAUUCGUGAUAUUAUUAAUUUUAGACGUAUCUGGUUGUACAAAAAGAAAUUUAAAUUUAAUUUGUUUUAAACAAUUUGAAGAUGAGGUUUUUAGGGUGCGAUAAACAAUCAUAAAAAAUCUAGAAGUUUUUAUUUUUACUAUUUGUUAAAUAAAAGUUCAGAAUGAAAGGAGUGAAGUUCAGGAGGGUAUUAAUUAUGGCGGAAAUCAAUCUAUGAUUUUUCAUUUUUUAUUUUUUUAAAUACAUUUGUUUACUUGUAUUAUUAUUCCUCCUCAAAUUUAAUAUUUCAUUUGGUACAAUAGAUAUGGAAUUUCUUCUUAAUUUUUUUAUUUGAAGGAUAAUAUUUUAGCUUCAUUUUUCUAUGUUGAUUAGAAUUUUAAAUGAUACCCCUUCGUUCUUCUAACUAUUUGUAUUUUCACUUAUGUAUUUACGAAAUAUAUAGGAAGGGAAAUUAUUGCAUUUGUAAACGUUUUUUAAUAUAAGUUUUUAACAGAAAUACACAUUUUAAGAUUACUUGAGUCCAAAUAUUCAUGUCUCACUGAAUGAUCUUUUCUAUUUAAAUCAUCUUACCAGAAGUUCCACUUUAUAUAAUUGGUUUCAAUCUAUUAUUAAAUGACAGUACAUUGAAAAUGUCAAUAAUAUUCUGUGCUAUGUGCAAGAUAUAAUAAGUGAGAGCUUUUGAAAAUAGAAUAUAGUCGUCCUUAAAGUCACAAUAAGUAAAAAAAAAAAAAAAAAUGGUUAGAAGUCUGAAAGUUUAUCUUUAAAAUUUCAAUUUAUCAUAUAAAAAUGAAAUUAGUUUUAUUUUUUAAUAAUAGUAUAAUACAUUAUAACAAAACAAAUCCAUACUGUGUCUAAUGCAACUAAUUUAUAUAAAUUAUGGUUUUAUUAUUAUUAUUUUUUAAUGUUUA